AUACUCAUCGAGAGAUUCAAUGCAACCGCCAUUCGAGUCAUAAAUGUGUUCAACGAUAGGAUCGAGUGUUUUGCCGCAAAAAGUAUCGAAAGAGUUAUACCACUCAUACCGGAGAUUAAACCACAAACGGACGCCAAACAAGACAAUGAUUUGCCAAACAUAUUGUUUGUGGGCUUUGACUCGGUUUCCAGACUUAACUUUGACAGACAUAUGCCGAUCACGAGUCGGCUACUGGCCAGACAUCACUUCUACACAAUGUAUGGCUUCAACAAAGUGGGUGACAAUACUUUCCCGAAUCUCACCCCACAAUUGACCGGACAUUAUGUUCACGACAUCUGGAGUGAGGACAUGAAGACCACUCAUUUCGAUUACUUCCCAUUCAUAUGGAAAGAAUAUAAAGAGAGGGGGUUUCUGACCCUUUACAUGGAGGACCACCCAAGGCUUAAUACAUUCAAUUGGAAACGCAUUGGCUUUGAUAGGCCGCCCACUCAUUACUAUUUGAGACCUUAUUUUUUAUCCAUUAAUGACAAUACGGACGACAAUUGCUAUUAUAGUAGACCACGGGUUGAGAUAUUUUACGAGUAUUUAUAUGAUUUUGUGAAUACAAUGCAUGAAAGAAAGCAAAAGUAUUUUGCCUAUCAUUUUAUGGUGAAAGUAACGCACGAC